GAAUUCUGAAUGCUACAGGCACAUGCCCCGUGUCAGCUACGACCAGCGAUGCAAGAAUGACUCCGUCAUGUCCGCCAUGGUCGUGGUCAACCUCUUGGUGCACAGGGGGCCGUUCGUCCUGUACAUGUGCGGGCGUGUGGGUCGACAGGAACAUUGUACGAAAAGUGGUGAGUUGUUUCAAUUUCAAAGGGAUGUAAGCGUCUAGUGGGUCACUUAUCAUUUUCCCGGGACCCUUGGUUUAUUUAUAAAAGCUGUGUUGUUUUUUCAACGCGGAAUAAAGCUGAGAUGCCAUGGUCUCCGAUAAUUAAAUGCUCAUAAAUUGUUGGUCAACAUUUCACAUUUUAGCAUUCUACUUACCUGCUUUAUAUAUCGUAUUGGAGAUUCAAAUAAGAAAUAUUUGGAAUGAAUAAGUAAUCUAUUUUUUUGCUUCAAAGUGGCUUUUGAAUAUUUUUCCACCCGCCUUUUACGCUUUAAAAAAAUUCAAAUGUCAGAAAUAAUACAAAUGUCAGACAUCAGACAAAUUUCAGAAAUUUGAGAAAAGUCUGAAGUAAGACAAAUGUCAGAAAUAAUACAAAUAUCAGACAUCAGACAAAUUUCAGAAAUUUGAGAAAAGUCUGAAGUAAGACAAAUGUCAGAAAUAAUACAAAUGUCAGACAUCAGACAAAUUUCAGAAAUUUGAGAAAAGUCUGAAGUAAGACAAAUGUCAGAAAUACGACAAAGAGAAGGGUGGGCCAAGUGUUUGAGCAAAAAAUAUAUAGGCCUAUAAAUUAGUCCAUAGAUUCCAUAAAAUAUUUUUGCAAAGUUUAUGAACGUCACCUGUCUUCUUAUGUAUGUGAUAGUUUUCAUGUCCAUUACCAACUACCCGCUGAUCCACAGACUACCUGAAUCGGUACGGGGAACACUUUAGGUUCCACUGUCCCCAGGGCGGCGUCAUCACCGCCGUGGAGUAUCAGUACAGCGAAGCCGACGAAGACGGGCUAUUCAGGAUCACGUGCUGUAAGGUCAAGGGCAAGCUAGUCACCAACUGCAACCCGUGGAAGGAGUCCGGCGGAUUCAAGCAGUACGUCAGGGUGUCCCACAUGGACGACGCGGCCUACCACCCGAUCCCGGCAGUCACGGGGGUGCUGUCCAAACCGUCGACCAGAGAGGGCGCGGAUUACCAUUACAAGACUCGGGAGUUCAUCGUUUUGAUAUGUAACCUGGAGUAAGAGACUCCGCCCCCCGAGGGUGGAUACUUUCCGACAAGGUUCAGCCCAAAGUGGGGCUGUCACGGCGAAUAACUCACAUACAAAUGUUUUUAAAGGCG